ACACGAAGAUAAUUGUAGGAGAAUCUUGCGUAAUGAUUUUAACGACGAGAUGACGAUUGCGCAACAUCUACGACGAGCUUGCGAAUUAUCGCGCAAGAGAGACGAAACUUCGCUUUAUCGUCCGGAUCGAAAUAAAAAUCAGCGCGAAGAGCAACGAGAUAAUAAACGAUCCCGUGCGUCCCGUUUAUUGAAGAUCCUGCAAUUUUUGCGCGCGCUCUUCGUUUCCAGCGCCUCCUCGCAUGACACAAGCUGUGGGUUCCAGUGACGUCACGAGGAAUACAUUCGAGGACUGGCACGUUAAACGGGGGUGAACCAACACUCGUCUUCAACCCCAUGAAAGGUUUUAUCCGACCAAUGGGAAUCGCUGGCGCUGCCAUGCGCCGCCCAAUCACGGUAAGAUCGUCAUUGAGAAAGACGAGGGCGAACGGAGGAGACCGAGGUCUUAAGAGGACCUGUUAAGGAUGGUACCGGCACACUGUCGCGCAUAUCCUCGAAGACGACGAAUCGUCGCCGACGUCGUCGCGGUCGCGCAGAAAAUUAAAAAAGAAAAGAAGAAAGAAACGAGGAGAAAAGGGAGAAUAAAUUCAAAGCGAUACAAUUGCCAUCGCCGACGAAGGGGUCUUCUGUCCUGCAGAUUCGUUUGCAUAAAAGUUGGCAUGAGUGGAUCAGGGAAAGGUCUUCUCGGGGUGUGGCUGUACCGAAGAGGCGAGAGCUGGGCCAUCAAGGAGGGAAGUCCGCUGCACAAGUCGCGCGAUAUUCCCAUGGAUGAAAAUAACUCAGCCAACGACAACAAGAAUUCUGUGAUAUUCUCUCUGAAGAACCAAAUCGGCGGCUUGGCACGAGCGCUUCAAGUAUUUCAGGAUCUAGGUGUGAACGUCGUGCACAUCGAGUCGAGGAAAUCUCUGCGUCGCGGCUCCGAAUAUGAGAUCCUCGUGGACGUGGAGUGCGACUCGAAGAGGAUGGAACAGCUGAUGAAGAUGUUGAGCCGCGAAGUGGCCGCGAUCAACCUCGCCCAUUACGAGCACAUCGGAUGUAUACCGCGCGCGCCUUCCCUUUCAGCCGCGACCAGCUUCGAUUUCAGUGAAGUAGAUAUGCCCUGGUUCCCGCGGAAAAUAUCGGAUCUCGAUAGAGCGCAGAAGGUUCUCAUGUACGGGUCGGACCUGGACGCGGAUCAUCCUGGCUUCAAGGAUCCCGUGUAUCGCAAACGUCGCGAAGAGUUCGCCGAUAUCGCUAACAAUUACAGGCACGGUCAACCGAUCCCGAGAGUGCAAUACACGUCGGAGGAAAUCAGGACCUGGGGAACUGUCUUCCGUGAGUUGCACGAGCUUUAUCUGAAGUACGCGUGCAAGGAAUACUUGGAAAAUUGGCCGAAGCUGGUCAAGUAUUGCGGAUACAGGGAGGACAAUAUACCUCAGCUGCAGGAUGUGAACGUUUUCCUCAAGCGAACGACGGGAUUUCAACUUCGCCCGGUCGCGGGUUAUCUCUCACCGCGGGAUUUCCUCGCCGGACUUGCUUUCCGAGUGUUCCACUGCACCCAGUACAUCCGACAUUCUUCCGACCCGUUCUACACCCCCGAGCCAGAUUGCUGUCACGAACUGUUGGGCCACAUGCCGCUCUUGGCCAACCCGAACUUCGCGCAGUUCUCUCAGGAACUCGGUCUGGCUUCGCUCGGUGCAUCGGACGACGACAUAGACAAACUGGCGACCCUCUACUUCUUCACCGUGGAAUUCGGCCUGUGCAAGCAAGACGGCAUGCUUCGCGUUUACGGCGCGGGCCUGUUAUCAUCGGUGGCGGAAUUGAGGCACGCGGUCACUGCUUCGGAAAAAAUGAUGAGAUUCGAGCCGGAUGUUACGUGCAAGCAGGAAUGUAUCAUCACCGCGUUCCAAAACGCAUAUUAUUACACGGACAGCAUCGAGGAAGCGAAGGAGAAAAUGCGGGCAUUCGCUAAUCAGAUUCAACGUCCCUUCGGGAUACGUUACAAUCCGUAUACUCAGUCAGUGGAGGUGUUGACGGACGCGCAGAAGAUCACGGCGGUGGUCAGCGAGCUGCGAGGUGAUCUCUGCAUAGUGUCGAACGCCCUGAAGAAGAUCCACGAGCAGGACGACACCGUGGACGUUGAAAGGAUAACGAGCUUGCUGACGCAGGGGAUUGAAAUACCGCAGGACAGUUCGACUUCGGACAGCGACGGCCAGGACGAGAGUCCCAACGCCGAAGAGGUGCGUCCUCAGGAGGAAGACAUCGAUCAGCGAUUGCGUCACGACGACGAGAAUGCAGUUGCGAUAGGAAAUUAAGCGACAAUAAUAUAAUAACACUAAUAUCGCUCUUUUUUCUUCUCCCUUCUGCUAUUAUGAAUAUCUAUCCUAGCCGGGACAAGCGGUAUUAGAGCAUUUAGCGAAUUAUUCCUGCUUCAGCCAAGUUUACGAUAAAUGUAACAAGCAAAGUGUUAGCUCAUAUAUAGUGUAGUUCAUUGCGAUUCAUUAUAACUGAAUGGAAAAUAAAUGCAACGCUGUCUCAAUGAA